AUGCGAGACCGGGCUCUCUGCGGAGACGUGGAGAUACCAUACCCAUUCGGCAUCGGCACCAUCUGCUCCCGCAAAGGGUUCGAGAUCGACUGCAUCAACAACGGCAGCGCCGGCGAGAUUCCCGUGCUACCUACGCCUGACCAGAACAUCCGGGUGCUGAACCUGUCCGUGUCACCAUUUCCAGAGGCUCGAGUGCUUCUUCCGGUGGCAUGGCAGUGCUUCAACUCCACCGGAUACAUCACUGGCGGCUACUCCGGUGAUGUCGACUUCAACAGAGAGGGCGUGUAUCGCAUCUCCAACACACAGAAUGGGCUCUUCGUCCUCGGCUGCAACACCUAUGCCUACACCAAUGGCGUGAGGGUGUAA